UUUUACAACAAUUACAGCCAUCGAUUUAAGCUGCAGUAAUAUAAUAAUGAAUACUUUGUUCCUUCGCAAUUUCUAUAAUAAAGGCGGCAACAAAAAAUUUGAAUUUAAAAAUUGCAUUCAAAACAGCUGUCAAAUAGGUAACAUAGGUUAUGUUUGUUAUGCACUACUUCCCCUACAAGUUAGGAAAUGUUCCCUACAUUGAAACCUACUUUUAUAUACUCUGUGCAUCUGUGGGAGGGAGAUAAAAUCUGCAUGUUAUGGCAAUUAAAGUAAAAGGUAUGUCAAUCUGUCACUCACUCAGGAUAUUGAUUCAGUAGAUGUCUGCAGCUGCAGUAGGAGGAGGCUUACAUAAUUUUUUGUGAACAUUCAUACUGGCUUGAGUGGUCUACUUUAGAUUUCCUUGUGACUUGUGUGUAACAGGUGGUUUUCAGGCAUUGUUGCCUUUUAAAAAGAUAUUGUGUUUAAUAUAAUUUAUAUUUGCAUAGAGACUUUAAAUUAUUAGUUCCAUAAUGGCUUACCCAGAAGAAAAAAAAACGGUUGAGAUUGUGGUCAUAACGGUUGAGGUUCCGGUUCCCAACCCACCCCUACCACCUGUUGCCAACGGAGGAAACAGCAACCAACCAUCGGCUCUCAAUGGACAUGUCCCACAUUAAUGAUCUAAUAGGCGUAUUGCGCGGGCUCCGUUUAGUGGCGGAAGCGGGUUUGAAAACUCAGCAAGAAGUAUCAAGUAUACUAUGGAAUAACUCUAGCUUGAAGCAAAUACUUUCCAACUGUCCGACUAACCCACUAGCCUUCAAUCCUAACCCACCUUCUGCGAAAGAGCUCGUGGAAAGGGCCUUUGUAGUUGCGCACGGUCUUCGACAGUUCGCUGUGCUACAAGUUCCAAACAUGAGUGCCAACGUGCCGGUCCCCGAAAUCGACCAGCAGAUGAAAGAAGAGAUUGAGGAGUUAAACAGGGAGUUUAACAGAACCUUCGAUACACUGAAGAAGAUUCAGAGCAUUGAUAUUCCGCCGCCCCCGGCUCCCGCUGUCACGCCCAUUGCGCCGUCUCAAUAUUCGGCUCCCAUCGAGGAGUUGCACGAUCGCAUUCAGGAGGCUAAAGACCGCGAGGUGCAGCACACUAUUCGGGUGAUAGCUUCCUCUUACCCCGCACCUGUGUGGAUAGACACACCUAUGCCAAGUCCAAGCCCUUCUGAUUCUUCGUCGUCUAGUAGCUCGAUGGGGCCUAAGCCUGUGGCUAAGAAGAAGAUCAGAGUAGCUUUGAGUGAGAACUCAAAACCACGAGUGGUGCCCUCUUCGCGUAUCGGACGGAUGUUCUCGUUCGGAUCUUUGGCAGCCGGACUGGGCGUGGGAACCGUAGCCCAGUAUGCUAGGAACACAUUGCAGUCUGUGACGGGACGAGUGGAUGAGUCCGCCAAUGCGUUCUUAUCGCCAGCGAAUGCUGAAAGGAUCGUCGAUACGCUGUGCAAAGUUCGAGGUGCUGCCCUCAAGCUUGGUCAGCUAUUGAGUAUUCAAGAUGAUUCGAUGAUAUCACCGGAGUUGCAGCGCAUUUUCCAACGCGUGCGUCAAUCUGCAGACUUCAUGCCAUCGUGGCAAGUGGAGAAGGUGAUGAGCGCUCAGCUGGGCCCGGAGUGGAGACACAGAGUCGCUAGCUUUGAAGACAAACCGUUCGCGGCUGCCUCUAUCGGCCAGGUUCAUCUGGCAGUGCUGCACGACGGUAAGGAGGUGGCGGUCAAGGUUCAAUAUCCGGGCGUUGCUAAGGGCAUCAACAGCGACAUUGACAACCUGGUUGGAGUCAUGAAGGUAUGGAACAUAUUCCCCAAGGGUAUGUUCAUAGACAACAUAGUCGAGGUUGCUAAGAAAGAGCUUGCCUGGGAAGUGGAUUACUUGCGCGAGGCUGAAUGUACUAGGAAGUUCAAGAAGCUGCUCGCUCCGUAUCCCGAGUACUUCGUCCCUGAGGUCAUUGAUGAACUCUGCGCUCCUGAAGUAAUAACAACGGAGUUGGUAGACGGCGUGCCACUAGACAAGUUGUUUGAAGCAGAGUACGAGGUCCGGGCUGACAUUGCAUACAAGAUCAUGCAGCUUUGCCUGCGAGAGAUGUUUGUACUGCGUUGCAUGCAGACCGACCCUAACUGGGCGAACUUCUUCUACAACCCAAAUACUAAACAGGUUAUCCUGUUAGAUUUCGGUGCCACUCGCGAGUACUCGAAGGAUUUCAUGGACCAGUACAUUGAGAUCAUCCACGCUGCUUCCCGCGGUGACAGGAAAGCCAUUCUCGAAAUGUCACGCGAGAUGAAAUUCCUCACUGGAUACGAGUCGAAGAUCAUGGAGGAGACGCACAUUGACACGGUGAUGAUAAUGGGAGAGGUGUUCACGAGCGAGAGUGCAGGGGAGUUCGACUUCGGCACGCAGCAGACAACGCGCCGCAUCCAGGCCCUCGUGCCCACUAUACUCACGCACCGGCUCUGCCCACCACCAGAGGAAAUAUACUCCCUGCACCGCAAGCUCUCUGGAGUCUUCCUCCUCUGCUCCAAGCUCAAAAUCAAGAUGAACUGCAGGAACAUGUUCCAGGAGAUUUACGAGCAGUACAAGACGAACAGCUUCAGAUAGACCUUAGCAACCGUGGCUCAGGUGUGGUCCAGCUUCAAGUACACAAUAUUCAACAGCGAUUUCAUGGCCAAUUUUGACAUUCUCAAAUAAUUCCCAUUAAUGCAUUCGUAAUAGUCAUAAUAAAUGUUUACGUGUAUUCAAUUCAGUGUUUAUUAGCUCAACUUGAUGGAUAUCGAUGUUUCAAUAGAUGUUUAUCGAUGUGUGUUUAAAUUUAGGAAUGUCGGGUCAUAGGAACGGGGUUUUCCGAGCUUGGUCCAUCAUGUGGCGAUGCGUGCUCGUUUGUAAUUGGACAGUUUCCCAAAAAAUAAUUAUUCAUUUUACUACAAUUAAAUAUUCAAAAAUAAUCACACUUUUAUUCAAUAAUUUGACGAUAUACUUAAUUUUAGCGCAUAAGUGUGCUAUUUGACGCAAAAAUAUGAUCACGUCAGACAUAAGUGUGUAUUUCAAACAAAAGUAUCGUUUUUGACAUAUCGAUAAAAGUAUUGAAUUUAACAAGUUCUUAACUACCUACCGUAUAUUAUUAACAUGUAUGAACAUGUAGAAUAGCUCGGUACUUCUUACCGCGACUAUUCGCGAGUCUUUGUGCACUUUGAAGAGCCCCAGUGACCUCUUACCCGGGUUACUACGACCCGAGAAGCACAUGCAUUUUAACAAGUAGUUCAAAAUAGAUGAUUGUCGUCAAUCGUAGUAGUAUUAUCUAAUCUUACUAAACAUAAUAAUGAACGGUAAAUUUUGUUGCUGAUUUACAAUGAUGCAGAAUAUUCUAAGUUAUUUUAAAUAUAAUUUCAUCUGAAGGCAUUUUUGUUACCAAUUAGAUUUAUCUAGGUUAAGUUGUACAAUAAUACAAUCUAUAAUUUAUUUAACAGUUUAGUCCGUAUAAGUACUUGAACGGGAGCAGUCAGCUUACUUCUUGCGUCUGAGUACAAUGCGUGACAUUACUGCGGUUUUUGUUGCGAGUAACUGAAAUGAACGUAACCCAUAAGUCAUAGGAAUGUAUCAUAUCGCGUUUACAAACAAUCCGGUUGUGAUCCACAAUAUUUUUGAAACCGAACCUUGUGACACUAGUUGUGUACCAUGUUAUCUUUUUUGAUAAUUCUAUCUGGCACUAAGUUGUCGAACUAAACAAUAAUGUCACAGACACAUUGUAACAGAAACGUCCAUUUUGAACAAAGUUUAUUCUACUUUAAGGUUUGACUGAUAACUGAUAACGGUUGGGCGUUGCAUUUUUGUGACGUCUUAACUGUGUACCGUUUAUUUAUAUCAUCAACUUCGGGGAACAUUUCCGUUAGUAGAAUUAGGAUUAAGUACCAUUUUAUUUUUUUAGAUCACAAAAUAAAAUGAAUUACACUAUCCGCAUUCUAUAGGGCUGGCUUUGUUCGAUUGCCGUACUGGAGUGGCUGUGGAUUUUAUUUAUUUAUAAUAAAUGUACUAAGUACUUAAAUUAGGUUUCCAAAUACCUACAUAAUAUUUAUUUUGUUAUUGUUGCUGAGCUUGGAGUGGGAAGCACAAACACUGUUACUCCAUAGUAUUUGCGUAAUUUGCUGAACUUUUUCUUGUUUAGUUGGCUUUUUAUUGUUAUUGAUAUUGUGAGUACGUAGUAGAUGGUUUGUAAUUGUAAUAAGUGUUUAUUGUAUGACUGUACCCUACUGUAUUGAUGUUGUAUUCCCUUGUCGACCACCCAAACACCUAAGCCACGUGUUUCCUUUCAAAAACUACCUCUUCUCUAAGACUACCUUGUGAUCGUAUUUGAAAUUUAGUAUUAGCAAAUUAAUGUUGUGUAGUAACACUGUUUGUAAAAUGAAUGUUUAUUCUAUAUCUGAAUAAAUAAAUAAACUCGUUGUGGACUA